ACCAGAGUCACCGCACCAGCCUCUGUCUGCUGUGCGGGAGCUGGGACUGGGAGUGUGAGCGUUGUGAAAGCCAACGCCGUCGCUGGCUGUUGCUGCCUUCUGAAUCUGCCUUCGACUGGCAGAGCGUGGAAAAGUAGAGGCCGCUUGAAAAAGAUCGCAGCCGGCUUGGCUUGUAAGGAGGAAACGAAAAGCGCCAUCCGCGCCAACUUCGACUUGGAAAGUACGCAGUGGGUAGGCUUUCAGUAAAGCUUGGAACUUCUGUUGUACGUGGGUGAGCCUAGUAGGCUAUGUCAGGGACCCUGGCUCCAUCGCGGGUUAUCGUGUCCAGUUGAGCCAGCUCCGGAGAGAUAGAUACCUGAGGCGUUGAGUCUAAGUUGUUUCCACAAUAAAUAUCGUGCGCGGUUUUGUGCUGCUAAUCAUCUUGGGUUCGAAUACCACAUCCCAAACGCUGUCAGUUUCUUCGGAAAAGUCGAGGUAACUAAAGAGCAGCGCCUGCCUCUCCGGAGAGCAAAGGUUUCACAGAGGUCCCAUUUAUGAAUGUCACAAGGAUACAUCCAUUUGGAUAGCAGCGAUACAUGAUUCGACUUUCAAAGAAGAGCAAGCCAUCUCCUAUUGUAUAUUUGUGUGCGUGUAUGUGCGUGAGUGUACAGAUCCUUAAAACGUGGAGAAAUUGAUGGCUGUUUCUCGCUGUUUGCUGGCUUUACAAAGUUAUAGAAAUAGCAAUUUUAAGAGUCUCCGGGACAAAAAGCUUCUUUUUUCGCAGUGAAAUUACGAAGCAUUUGAGAUUGUGUUCAUAUUGAUCUUGUGUUACAUCCUAAUGCCUCAAGUGUAAAUAAAAUAUCACCUUAGAGAUCGGAAUUCAUUUUUAUAAUUGAUAAGAUGAAAAAGCAAUCCUAUAUGUUAUAUCUCUUUGAUACAUUUAUUCUCAAAACGAGACAUGCGGAAUUGAUAGUAAAGAUGCAAUUGAGAUCUACGUCAUGAGUGCACAUAUUAUAUCUUAUUGAAAUAUUCAACAUUUUCUGUUCACGCCCAACACAACAUUUGACCGACUCCAGAAUUUCUAACGUUAAAUAUCCUAAAGCAAAACUGAAACUAGGCAAAUAUUAGACUUAUUGUGGUAACAACAGUUCUCGCAUAGAGUGGUUAUUAGAUCCACGUUUCGGUGGAACCCCCGAAAGCAGAGUUUUCAGACGUUCGGGACGACAUAUAUACGCCCCUUUGGGUAUGUAAAGGAGGUUGAGGCAAACAGACCUCAACGACAGCAGCUGUUCUUUCAGUCUGGCUGGUGACCAAGUCAAACUCAAACUUCGAACAUCCAUUAUUCAUAUUUACCAACAAUUUCUUUCUUUCUGUAAACGAAACCGCCAUAACCACAAUGCUCUUUGGUGCUUGAGAGGGCGAAAACCUUUCAAAUUUGUUUAAUAACCUGAGAAACACCUACCACCAAAGUCCCACCAGUGGAGUCGCUCUUAAUUUCUUCAGUUGUUCCCCCCGGCCAUGACAGACUCGCACCAGGUCCCAUGUCGCUGUUCCGCAACAAGUUCCUUUUCUCUAUGAACACGACCACCACGACAACUGCCUUAGCCGCCAUUACUAUCAACCCUAAGCUUGUCGCCACGCCCCACCCACCGCCACCGGCCCUCCCCGCAGCGCCCGCCAUCACCACCGCAUCGGCAGCAACCACCGAGUCUAUUGCCGUGAUUUCCAUGCGCCAAGAGGCUAUGGAUGUGGUGGUGGCUAAGAUCAUUUCCCUCCUGCUCUUGACCAUUCUGUCGGUUCUGUGUGGACUGUUGCCUCUCAGGCUCCUUAUUCAUACGCCUCAUCUCUUCUCCAGGAACAGAAAUUCGGUGGACUACUUUCUGUGUGGUCUGAGACUUUUCUCUGGUGGGAUAUAUCUCGCUACGUGCUUCUUACAUCUUCUACCGGACACAAGAGAGAAAAUGGCUGCUGUGAUGCUGAAUAUGGGCUCAAGAACAACGUACGCUGUCCCCGAAUUGCUGGUCAUCUCAGGUUUCUACGCAGUCGUCUUUGUAGAGCAAAUUAUUCAGACGCUGUAUGUGAAAGCCCAGCAGUAUGACAGCAGGAGGAAGACCAAACGCCCACGUAAGCAAACCGAGCCCCGGCGGUCUAAUCAAGUCUUCCGAUCUACACUGGACGAGGACAAUGUUGACAACAGCACCGGCCAUGACCACCACGACCAGAAACCUUUCCGAGACAACAACGACGAUGAUGAUGAUGACGAUGAGGACGACGACGACAACGUGCUCAUUGACGACGAAGAUGAUCUGAGUUUCGAGGAUGGUGCGUCUGACAAUAACAGCAUAGACUCGAUAACAAAAGUAAAACUUGAUCUAGAGGAAGAGAUUCUAGAGGAGGACAGGUGCAAGGGCAAUAACAGUAAACUGAUAUUGCAGAGAGCUCCAGUGGCCCAGCACCUAUCGAACUCUAGACUCCCUCCUCCGCAUUACCAUCAGCUACAUCCAAAAACAAAACCUGUUGUUACUGAAAACGCCUUUCCAGUAAUGAAAUCAUUCAGUACGUUUCCUCAACCGAAAUUUCCCAAUUGUACAACUGCUGCUGAAACCAGACCCUAUCAAAACUCUGGGCCGCCAAUUAUACCCGCUCACGCUCAUUUUCAGAAACAUAAUCCCCUUCACCAACAACAACCUCCUUCACAACGUAAUAUGCCCUCUCAGAAACCACCUUUUCAGCCAGAGCCUCAACCCAAACUUGGGAUGUCUCAAGACAACGGGACACCGCCUGUGUUGCCUCCGAAACAAAGUCAACACCACGGACGGGCUUUAUGUCCACAGCAACAGCAGCAGCAGCAAGAACAGCAGCACAAAUCUAUCUCACAUCAGGUAACGCCCCCCUCUUCAACGUCCUCCCCAAAACAACAAACAUCCUCUUUUCAAAAACAGGAGGAACAUUCUUCAACAACAUCUGGGAAAGUUUGUCAUCAAAAACAUGGUAGUGAUUCCAAAACAGCUUUUUCUCACCCAUCCCACACCCCAUGUCAACUUGUCAAUGAGGUACAAACACAAUUCGGCUCAGGUAUCCUCCACCAGGAGUCAGCUCAGCAAUCACAAAAGUCUCAACAACACCUGCACCAGCAACAGGAACAACAACACAACAAACAGCAGCAAUCGCAACAGCAGCAGGAGCAGCAGCAGCAGCAGCCAGAAACCAAUCAUCAGUCUUUACAAGAUGAAUCUCCCCCUCAAAGACGUAGCAAUGGUCCCAGAUACCCGAACAUACACGCGGAACUCGAGGACGAUUCUGACGGAGAUUCUGAUGUGUGUGUUCCCAGAAGUACCUGCCACGUGUCUGUGUGUGUCGAGGGACUCCGCCAUGGGAACAGCUCCGAGCUUUCACGAAAUCCAUCGGAAUCCAAAAGGGACAAAGACGCAGAUUCGGGUGUUUUUUCCACAAGAAGAGAGUUCGAAGUCCACGAAGUAGACGGGAGAAGGGUGAAUAGGAUCUCCUCCAGAGAGGUCAGUUUUGACAGAAUCUCUGAAUCGACGGCUGCCUUGCAAGAGAUUCAGGUGAAACAAGUCGUUGACGAAUUGAGCCGAAAUCCAGACUCCAGUAAAGCUCACUUCAGAUCUAUCAUUUUCAUCUUGGCCUUGUCCUUCCACGGAAUAUUUGAGGGGAUGGCUUUAGGUUUGCAGAGCAUGAAAAGCAGUGUCUGGGCGCUGUGUUUUGCUAUCAUUGUGCAUAGAUGUGUUUUGGCUUUUAAACUUGGAAUGGAUUUGUGCAGAGGAGAAGAAAAACAGGGAACAGCUUUUUUGUGUAUUGGAACUUUCACUCUUAUUUCCACACUCGGUAUUAUCAUCGGUAUUCUCAUCUCCUCUGGGGCCUCGCUUUAUGACGAUGUUUCCGUACCGGAGGCUCUUCUCCAAAGUCUCGCCACUGGGACCAUAUUUUACAUUGUAUUCUUUGACAUUCUCUUCAAGGACCUCGAGGGAAAAGACGAUCUGAAGAGGGUAUCCUGUUCCUUUGUGGGAUUUUCACUAAUGGCGAUUGUUUUUGCUGUUACAAGAAGCUGAUUCCGAUGUGUGUGGCAAACAUUAUGUUAAUGUUGCCAAAAGAGGUAUUCGCCUGUUAGAUUCUCUUUUGACAUAUGGGCGGGUCAAAAGAAUAACAGGCUAAGUCAUAUCAAUCCUACCACGAUUUAGACUAUUUUCAGUUCUAGAAAUACAGUUUGUAGAUGACUCAGUUGGUUUAUCAAUUGAUUGAUUUCAUCGUGAUAUACUAUUGGUACGAAGUUAAGAACUAGCAGCACCCUGAUUUAUCCUGUUUUUCUCUUGAUCCUUUAUAUGGUUAGAGAAAAUGUCCUUUUUCUGUUGUAAUGUGAGAGCUGGGCAUAGGGUCAUCUACAUGAGAGUCGUAAGUUCCAGAACUGAUACAUGUUUGGCGUACCAACUUGAGUUUAUCAAAUAAAUCUUUUGUAUAUUGUAAUUCUCACAAUCGUUAU